GUGAGUCACACGAGGAAUCAGAAACUCCAGUUUUAGAUGGUUUUCAUUUCCAACGACCAGACGGAACUGGGCGGUUGCAGUUACAGGGGAAAAGCAAAAAAAGUCAAAAGCACAGAAGCAUGGAAACGACGAUGACUAUGACUAUGGCAAGCCUCAAACCCAAACCGAUGCGACCCAAAAGCCCUUACCUUCCCCAUCCAUUGAACUCAAGAAGAAUCUUCAAGUCCUUGUCUCUCCCCAAUCAUUCAGUGGGAGCCCCGACACUGGUGGAUCAAUUCGACCCGACAAUCCCAAUAGAGCGAGCCGUGACUCCACCCAGCUCAUGGUACACCGACCCUUCCUUUUAUGCUCAAGAACUCGACUCCGUUUUCUACCGUGGCUGGCAAGCCGUAGGAUAUACUGAACAGAUAAAGAAUCCUGGGGACUUUUUCACCGGCAGAUUGGGGAAUGUAGAGUUUGUUGUGUGUCGAGAUGAGCAUGGCAAGCUUCAAGCUUUCCACAAUGUUUGUCGUCAUCAUGCCUCAAUUCUUGCCUACGGAAGUGGCCGAAAGUCGUGUUUUGUGUGCCCUUAUCAUGGGUGGACAUAUGGAUUAGACGGCGCACUUCUCAAGGCAACUAGAAUAACAGGAAUACAGAACUUCAAUAAACAUGAGUUUGGGCUUACACCAGUAAAAGUAGCUACUUGGGGACUGUUUGUUCUUGCAAAUAUGGAGCCAGAGGUUGACAGUGAUGUAGAAAUCGUGGAGAGCGAAUGGCUUGGGAGCUCCUCAGAUGUUCUGAGUACAAAUGGGGUUGAUACAUCAUUAAAUUAUGUUUGUAGACGUGAAUAUAUGAUUGAAUGUAACUGGAAGGCCGAAUUGGUCUUGCUAUGGGUAAACAAGCGACUGAAGUUGUUAAAGAGAGUUCUGAUUUCAUAGUCUUGGAUGGCAAUUUCGCUACUGUAGCCAAGGGUUUCAGAUGGGGACGAUCUAUGCAUGAAAAGGUUCUGAGAGUUAUGCAGCAGCAACUUACAGCCAAUAGUGUAGCAGUAACUAUAAACUGCUUGGCGGCAGUAUACUAUCGUCACAUUCCGCUCAAUGCUGUGCAGUUUGUGUGGGUGAAUGUUAUCAUAUUUGGUCUUGGACCACUAGUAUUGGUUACUGAAUCUCUGGCUGAUGACCUGAUGAACGUAUCCCCUAUUGACUGAGGAAAACCUUGUAUAAAAUAUAUUCGGUGGAGGAGACUGUUGAUAGAGGUUCUGUACCUAAUUAUUGCCCUGCUUGUCAUCAAUUUUCAAGGAGGGAGUUUACUGAAAAAUUAUACCAGAGACCAUGCCACCAAAGUGAAAAAUACAAUGAUAUUCAACACAUUUGUUAUUUGUCAGAUUUCCAUUGAAUUUGGAGUUCAAAAGACUGGUAUAGUGGACCAUCCUUUGAAAUGGGUUACUGCUAACUCCGUGUUUCUGGGAAUAGUGGGAAUAAUUCUUGUGAUUCAGCUUAUCAUCAUUGAGUUUCUUGGGAAGGCGUUUUUCAUAGUCAGGCUUGACUGGAAAGAGUGGCAGUUUUCCCUCACUCUUGGUAUUGUCGAGUAAGUUGAUGAUUGAAGAUAUCUUUAGUUCAUUACAGUUUUAAGGGUGUUACCCAAAUGUUAUUUGUUGUUACUGAAGAUUUUUUUUUCUUUCAAGGUUUCUUUUUAUUGUCACCCCACCCCUCCCUGAUGCCAGUAAGAUUUGUGUUGUUAAUGAAGACGAUUAUCACAUAUAAUCAUAUGUGCUCAAGUUUCCUGAAUUUCACGUUUGGGUGCAGGAUGGUAUUGGCUAUCUGGUCAAGAAAAAAAAAAAAAAAAAAAAAAAAGAUGGUUAACUCAGUGUCACAAGUUGAAUACUCAACUGACUUAUCUUCUUUUGUUUGCUGAAAACUCUCUCUUUCUCUCUCCCAGGUUGUUGUUUGCACUGCUUCUAUUCAUGAAGCACUUGACACAAAGGAAUCAUCAUUAAGAUUCGAUGUCGGUGAUGUUUAAGAUUUGAAGGUUCCAUGUAUACAUCUUCAUGAAAAUCUUGUGCAGUGGAGUUGCAGUAAGUGAACUUGAAAGUUGUGUCAUAUGGUGUAUAUAAGAAAUACGCUUCCCACUGAAAGCCUUACAUUCAUGUAAAUUCUGAUAUUAUGCAGUUGAUUUUAUUACAAAACUGCCUUUCGUAUACAAGAAUGACUGCUAAAAAUCUCAA